GUUGGUGUCUAGGUAUAAAACAGCCGGACGAAUUUGAGUUGGUCACACUCGUUCUCUGCCAUCAGUUGAUUGUUUAGCUCUAGCUGUCUUUUGUAGACUUCUAUAGACAUCAUGCAGUCUGCCACAUUUGUAUUUUUAGCCGUCGUUUUGGUGGUGGCCGCUCAGGCCGCCCCACAGCUCCAAGUCCGCCCCCCGGUGCCUGUCAUUGCCCGCAGUGAAGUGCAGGACGAAGCCGGACAGUUUUCACUCACGUACACGACUGCUGAUGGCACCCAAGUGACCAAACAAGGAGUUCUGAAGCCAAAUGCCGACGGCACCGACAACGUCCUGGUGGAGUACGGCAGUUACCGUUACACGUCCCCAGAGGGCCAGAUUGUCCAAGUCGAGUACACUGCUGACGCAGACGGAUUCCAUCCAAAAUCGCCCAGCAUCCCUAUCGCCCCAGUUGCCGCUCCAGCUGUGUUCGUCUAAGGGAACCUUCAAUCUGAAAAGAAUCCCUCGACACCACACAACCUCUUUAAAAUGGAAUUACUCACGGAUUAUUAUUUGUUAAACCCCUGAUAAAAGGUUACCUUGAAUCUGAAAAAGACACCCUCGACAUCUUCAGAACCUCUAAAAAUCAUCCUAACACACCUUGGAUUUGAUGGACUUUUCCAAAACAGACUUUUCCAAAACGGACUUCUCCAAAACGGACUUUUCCAAAAUGGACUUUUCCAAUGGAUUCACUCACGGAUAUUUGUCAAUCUUGAUGUGAAUCGAGAUGGAUUUACUUACGGAUUAUUUAUUGCAUCUUGACUAAGGCCUCCUGAUGGGAGGUUACCUCGAAUCUGAAAAGACCCCCUCAACAUGUUCAGAACCUCUAAAAAUCAUCUCAACACACCUUGGAUUUGAUGGACUUUUCCGAAACGAACUUUUCCAAUGGAUUGACUCACGGAUAUUUGUUACCCAACUAAGGUCCCCUGAUGGAAGGGUACCUUGGAUCUGAAAAGACCCCCUCGAUAUAUUCAGAACCUCUAAAAAUCAUCCUAACACACCUUGGAUUUGAUGGACUUUUCCGAAAUGGACUUUUCCAAUGGAUUUACUCAUGGAUAUUUGUUACCCGACUAAGGUCUCCUGAUGGAAGGAGACCCCCUUGGAAACUUCAUAACCUCUAAAAAUCAUCUGACACACCUUGAUGUGGAUCAAAAUGGAGUUCUCGAUUCUUCUCUAAUUUAUCACCCAACAGUCAAUGUCCGAUUUCUUUUUCAAUCUUUCUUGAGAACACCUUGGACAGGAUCCAUUACGGGACUACCGUGGGAUCCCUUAUAUUUUUAGAACCAACAGUACCUCUAAAUCUGUGGAAUAACCCUACGGAACUACCCCCUCAUGUACUUUGGGAUCCCUGAUGUUUUCAGAACCAACAGUACCUCUAAAUCUGUGGAAUAACCCUCCGGAAAUACCCCCUCAGGUACUUUGGGAUCCCUGAUGUUUUUGGAACCAACAGUACCUCUAAAUCUGGCAACUGAACAGCCCCCUCAGGUACUAUGAGAUCCCUGAUGUUUUUGGAACCAAUAGUACCUCUGACACCCUAAUAACCCUGACACCUUCACAAGACAUCAAUCCUCAUCUUUGAAAAUCAUAUACAUUUAGGAUUUGCCUUUGCAGUUCUGAAACGGCAAGACUUGAAGUUGAAGGCUUUCCUAUGAGUGAAAAAAAUUGUCUUCUCUGAAAAAUCCAAUCCGAGCCUACCACCGACUGAUCGUCCCAAUAAUACUGUACAUCUUUCUGUAAAAUAUCUAUAGUAGCGAGUUUGUACAAAGUUAUAUUGUAUUGUUAUUAAAUAAUAUUUUUUAUUUAUGAUAGAAA